AUGUCUGAUAGAACAAGAAAGUGCUGUCACAGAAACACAUCAGCUCAUGUUGUCAAAACGCCAAGAAAGCAAUAUUACGGCUUGUUUCAGAUAGGGAGCGAAUGGUGUAAGGAGGGUAAAAAAGGUGGUAAAUGUGACAUCGCCUGCGAGUCCCUACUCGAUGAUGAUAUAAGAGACGACUGCGCGUGCGCAUACAAAAUAUUUGAAGACGAGGGAUUCAAGUAUUGGACUAAAUGGGAAAGUCGGUGUAAGGGAGAGAGAUUACCGGACAUUGAAAAUAAAAUAAUCAUACAUUUCAAAUUCCAGAUGUCCGGAUUGGCAACAUCCUCCCAGGGCUUCGCCAGAACGAAUGAAAAGAACAUUAAAAAGACAGAGAAGGCGAGCGACACUGACGUUACAACUUUAUAA